GAAGGUGACCGGCGCACAGUGGUCCACUUCACGGGCGACAGCAGGAGUGGCGUUCCUUGUGCGGCAGGAACUGUGGGAGAGCAGCACCAUCACAGCCCCUGCCCUCAGCCCAGUGCCCACAGCCAUGCUUGCAGGCCGCCUCGCAGUCCUGAAGCUCAGGUGGGGCGGCCGCUCAAUCACUAUUGCCAACACCUACUUCCCAGCAGCAUCAACGCAGGCAGCAGAGCAGGCAAAGCGGGAGCUUAUCAGCCAGCUCCGCACACAAGCUGCGCUCAGUGCGGCUGCCACAGCGGGGGAGGUGGUGAUCUGGGCAGGUGACUUCAACUUUGUGGAGAACCCAGCGCUAGACAGCUCUGCCGGCCCAGGGGGCCGGCCGGGCGAUGCACCCCUAGCAGCGCUACUGCGGGCGGCUGACCAACCACAAAUGGUGGACAUGUAUCGGCACCGCCAUCCUACAGCCCGGCGCUACUCGCACUUAUACCGCGCACCAGUAAAGGGUGGGUCCCGGCUAGACCGGAUCUACGUGUCGGCAGCAGCAGCAGCAGCCGUCUGCCAUGCAGACAUAGCCCUGGUGUCCAGCUCUGACCAUCGGCCAGCCUUUAUCGACCUGCUCCCGGCACCCAGCCCCGGCCCCGGGAAGGGCCGGGCCCGGCGCCGCAUGCGGCUUUUCUUCCACCAGCACCCCGACCUUCGGCAGCAGCUGGAGGGCUGGCUGGAAGCGGAAGCCGGGACCGCACCAACUGAGGACGACCAGCGGCAAGCCCUACUCGCGUGGUGGCCGCUGUUCAAAAUGCGACUGUCGGUGAAAGUCGCACAGCUGAACCGAGUAGCCCAAAUGCGGCGGCUUGAACAUGGGCAGCGGACACGGACAGCGCAGGCCGCCCAAGCAGCAGCAGAGGCUGCACACCAGAGUAAUCCCACGGAGGCGACCCGGAUGGCCCUGGUGGAUGCAGCUAGUGAGGUACAGGCGGCAACGAGGGCUGAUGCCGCACACCCCGCGCACAAGGCGCGUGUAGCCUGGUUACACAGCGGUGAACGGCCUAGCCGAGUCCUGACCCGGGUGCUGGCGCAUGACCGUCCCAGCGGGAGUAAUGCUGGCCCGCCUGCGCUCCGGACCGCCCAUGGUGCGCUGGUUGGGGACCCGAUCCAGAAAGCCCAGCGCCUUGCGGACUUCUUCGCUGGAAUCAGCGCCCAGCCGCCCACGACAGUAGCCGCCCGCACAGCUGUGCUACAGACAGUCCGGGACCAUGGGGCUCAGCUGACAACCGAGGAUGACACCACAGCGGGUGGACUCACCGUCACAUGUGAGGAGGUGCAGAAGGCGCUCAAGCAGACUCAGCCAGGCAAGGCGCCCGGGUGGGACGGCAUCCCGGCGGACCUGUACAAGGCCUAUCGGGCACAGCUGGGCCCCCUGCUCGCCACACUAUACACAGCCAUCGGCCACACUGGACAGAUGCCACAUCGCUUCACAGAAGGAGUUAUCUCGGUGAUCUACAAGAAGGGCGACGUGACCGAGCCAGGCAACUACCGCCCCAUCACACUCCUGGGGUCUGACUACCGCAUCCUGGCUAAGGCCCUGGCUACCCGCCUGGGCCCGGCGCUAGCACGCGUCAUCGACCCGGAACAGACAGCCUUCCUCCCCAAACGCCUGAUUGGCAAUGGAGCCCUGUUUCUCCGCCUCCUGCCGCACCUCCUGCGACAGCAGGGGCGGCAGGGCCUCAUUGCCUUUCUGGACUUUGAAAAGGCAUACGACACCGUGGACCGGACGUUCCUGUCAGAAGCCAUGGAGGCCGCUGGCGCAGGCCCUAACCUUCGUGGCUGGGUGCACACGCUGCUGGCGGACACACGUGCGCGAGCCCAGGUCCAAGGUGCCCACUCCCAGCCCGUGUCCAUGAUGGCUGGCGUACGCCAGGGCUGCCCGCUGUCGCCGCUGCUGUACCUGUUUGUAGCGCAUGCGCUACUAUGCUGGUUACGGCACAAAGGCGUCGGCCUACGGCUUGACCCGACAGAUCUCCAACGUGUGGCAGCAGUGCAGUAUGCGGACGACACUAAGGCGCUGCUGGAGGGCGAGCAGGAGGUUGUGGCUUUCCUGGCCGCCAUGCACACCUUCCAGCACGCCUCAGGGCAACGGCUCAACCUAUCAAAGGUGCAGCUGCUGCGCAUUGGGGCGGGUGGGACCCCGGCCGGAGCAGGGACUGCAGGCGGGCAACCGCCGCCGCCAGCAGGGGAGCAGGAGCGCAUCUGCGGACUGGCGGUGGUGACCACAGCCACAGCUCUGAACCUGCCUAUUUCCAAUACGUCAGAGCAGCCUCAGCUGGACUGGGCAACCAAAGCAGUGGACGCUCAACGGCGUAUGCAGGUUCUCGCCCACCUGCCACUGUCUGCCUUCGGGAGAGCAGCAGGGGUAUCCGGCUAUGCCCUUUCCAUGCUCACGUGGCAUGCAGAGCACGCUGGCAUGCCUGGCGACACAAUUGACCAGCUAGAACGCCUUGCUGCGCGAGCAGCAGAUAGGCGACUCGGGCCAAAUGACACGGAGCGGCGGCUAACGGGCAUCCCCUCCUCAAUGCUGGCUGGGCCGCCGGUGGUGGGCGGCUUCGGAAUGCUGCCGCUCCGAGCGCACCUACGGGGCCGUGAGGCCUUGUGGGCAGCCCGACUCGUCCAGGCAGAAGCUGCCGCGCCCACGGAGCAACACCACCCCUUGCACCGCGUUGUGGCCCUCAGCCUACAACGGCACCAUCCUUCGCUGCGCCCAUGGACCAUGCUCACAGCCCGCCCUGACGUCCGACCCAUGGGAUGCCAGUUGCCGGGCGACUUGCAGCGCAUCUAUGAGGCUUUGGGUCAUCUCCCGCCUGUGAGAGCGCAGGGCCAGUUACCGCAGCAGCAGCCGCAGCAGCAGCCGCAGCAGCAGCCGCAGCAACAGCCGCAGCAGCAGCAGCAACAACAGGCUCAAAUACAGACGGACACCCAACAAGCGAUUGACACGGCAGUGAUCGACUUGUGGGGUCGCUUAAAAGCAUUCACAGCACUGGGAGUGCCGCGGAAGGGCUGGGAUCAAGCCAUCACGGACAGUGACGAGGACUAAGCACGGUUCCGCAGGUGCAUGAGGGUGGGCUAGAGAGGGUCGGGUUUUCUGCUUUCUCUUUUCUGUUUAUGUUUGUGGUUGGGCUGGGGGGCUUCGCCAGGGCCAGCGAUGCAGGGUGUGGUUUCCGCCAGAGAGCGGCCCCUGCUGGUCCUUUUGAGGGGGCUUGGUUAGCUUGCUUUAUGCGCCCUAAGCGCCUUGCCUUCCCUCUGUUGUGGCCAGGGGUGCUGUUUGUGGCAGGGCGGCCUUGUGUGUGUUUCUGGCCUUGGCGGGCGGUGUUUUCCUGGCGUGUGUUUUGGUCUGGUGUGUACGUGUGGUGUGGUGUGAAGGAGGCAGUUGUGUCUGCCCCUCUGAGGCUGCGCCCUAGCCUGCUGGCUGUUGUGCUUUCUUUUGGUGGAGAAGGCGUGAGCCUUGUGUCUCCGUGUCUCUUUUGUCUUGACCAGGACUGGGGCCUUAUCCCCUGCUGUGUCAGGCGUGCCUAGGGGUGAGCGUGUGGAACGCGCUCACCCAACACUAGGGCUUGUCAGCCCUAGUCAUCAGUGGCUUCGCCACUACCAAGUGUAAUUAUUUUCUCCC